AUGUCUCUGUUUCGUGUGAGUUGUCUGCUGGUCGUUUUGCUGGUCGUCGGUCAUGGUCAGGCGGCACCUGCUCCAGCCCCCGUCAAGGCUGAGGGACGCACUUUUGGCCUCUUGGGCGGCGGAUUCGGUGGGAGCGUUGGACUCAGCGCUGGAGUUGGCCUAGGCGGAGGCCUGUACAGCGGCUUUGGAGGCGGCGGCUACCCAGGUGGUUAUGCUAGUGGCUAUCCAGGAGGCUACGGUGGUGGUUAUUCUGGCUAUCCCGGAGGAUACGGCGGCGGUUAUUCUGGCUAUCCUGGCGAUGGAUACUCUGGCUUUGGACACAGGCCCCAUCAUCAUAAUCACGGCGGAUUCUAUCCCGGCGGCGGGUCAUACUACAACCAGGGUGGAUCCUACGGAGGUCACUACAGUCAGUCGCAGUACUCCAAUGGGUACCAUAACGGGGGCUACGGCGGCGGUGGGGGUUUCUUCGGUUAA